CCAAAAUGGAAGUAUUAAGCCAAGGAGCCGCUACCGAAGGCAUCCAGACAUUGGAAGAAGAAGAAGCACUGCUUGACGCCGCCAUAAGGGUUGCUGAGAAGAAGAAAAUAUUUGCCGGAUUGAUGAAAAACGUCGACAAAACGACAGAUGACCUCCAAAUGGUGAAGCACCUCGUGAGCCCGUUUUCUGCUACUGAAAAUGAGGAAGCCCUUAAGUGGAUUUUGAAUUUUGAGAGAGUCUGCAGAGAUAUCAACACAUGUACAAAUUUUCAACUGCGCUGCGUACGAAUGUUGAUGAAAUCGGGUACAGAUGCCGACUUGUUUGUGAGUGUUGAUCGAUCGAACACUUACGACGAAUUUAAGACAAAUUUCAUAAAAACAUUCGGUCGUGGAAGCUCAACUGCUGAUAUUGUAUUGCUACUUAAGGAAACCAUGUUCAACCCCGCGAAGAACACCGUUAUGGGAUACAUACUUCUGAUGGAGGAAAUUGCUAUGCGUGCAAAUAUUGACGAAAAAUUGACAGUGCAGUUCGUCAUUGAUGGUUUUCGCGAUCGUUCAGCCAAUAUCGCUAUAUUGUACACAGCAACAACAAUCGCACAAUUGAAGGAAUUGGCUUGGAAGUAUGGCAAUCUAAGGAAGAAGUCACACAAUUUUCCUCAACGCAUGGAAAAUACUGGAGGAGAUCGGAAAACAGUCCGGUGCUACAAUUGCUCUGCUUAUGGGCACUACGCUUCGUCGUGCACUGCGCCGAAACGCGAGAAGGGAUCUUGUUUCCGUUGUGGAUCCCUCCAACAUAUGCUAAAGGAUUGUCAGCAGAAGCCAGCAAGUGAUCCGAGAGUGGUGGGAGCAGCCAACAACCAGCCGAUACGAGAUGACGAAGAGGAGCCUAAUAUGUUUAUUCCGAUUUUUAACCAGCGCCAUUAAUUUAAUUCAGCACUCUGCGAUUCCUUAUAAAAACUUUAGUAAUAUACUGGUCCCGACGA